UUUUGUUGAAAUUAAAACAUAUAAAGAGAUGAAAAAUGAAAAGAGAAUUCAUUAGUGAAGAUCGGAAUCGAAAUGAAAGUAAUCGUUGUUUUAUGUCUUCUUCUGGUAGUGUCGGCCGUCUGUUACGGAGCGGCCAUUAAGUCAGACUUUGACGGACAACAACUCAGCGCCGAUAUGGGUGUCAAUGAGGUCCAGGAGGAUCAAGCAUGUGGUGGUGGACAGGGAGAUGGCUCUGGAGGCGCUGGAGGCGCUGGAGGUGGUACUGGAGGUGGCACUGGAGGUGGCACUGGAGGCAACACUCAAAAUUCUCAGGGCAGAAGUGGAAGGGGUGGCGGAAAAUAAAUUGCAUUAUUAUUUAAUUACAACUUAUUGUUAUUUUGAUUAAUAAAUUUUUCAUUUUCAUUCAA